GUGGUCCCCGAUGUUUCACUUUUUCUCGCGCGGUAAAAUAAAAAAUAAAUGACAUCAAAUAACAAAGUAGGUAAUCGACAGUGGUCUAGAAAAGGAGAGAUAAAAGGAGAUUGUCUACCGGGUUUCGAACCUGCAACCAAGCAACCGCAGAGAAGCUGCUUAUUAUUCCCAUUAAUCCCCAGUUGAAGGGGCACAGAAGUUUCCACCAUCAUUCUAGUGCUGAGCUAGCACAUCAAUUUUAAGUAUAAAUUUAAAGAGGUCUGCGUGAAAGCACGAUGAACCAAAGCGUGGCCUUUCUCUCUUGUGGAUGGAGAGCUAGCAGUAGAUGAAGGAUCGCUGGUGGCAGAAGUGCUUUUCCGGUUAAUUCUGUGGAAAUAUUGCAGCAAUUGGCUAUACAAAGGAUCUUUGUGGGUUCUCUUUUUAUUUAUAAAUGGAUUCGAGGUUACAUGAUCAAGAUAUUUUGAUUUCCAAAUGUUCACUAAAAUGGUCUGCUUUGGAGAGAAGGAUUAAGCAUUAUUCCAACUUACAUCAGAUUUUAUUAGUGGGGGACGGGGACUUUUCAUUUUCUUUAGCUUUGGCCAAUGCAUUUGGUUCUGCAAGCAAUAUGGUUGCCACCUCUCUUGACAGCAGAGAGAAGAUCAUAAGUUCGUAUGAGUCAGGCCAAAACAACCUUCAUAAUUUGGAGAAUCUUGGAGCAAUGAUAUUGCAUGGUGUUGAUGCAAAAACAAUGAAUAAGCAUGAGAUUAUUAGGGAAAGAAGGUUUGAUAGAAUUGUGUACAAUUUCCCUCAUGCAGGUUUCUGUGGGAAGGAGCAUGAUAACAAACUUAUCAGAAAACACCGUCAUCUGUUGCAGAUGUUCUUCAAGAACGGGCUAACCAUGCUUAACAAAAUGGGAGAAAUCCAUGUUACACACAAAGAAAAAGAUCCUUAUGACAAGUGGAAGCUAGUGGAGCAAGCAGAAAAUUGUGGUUUGAUUCUAAAAGAAUCGGUGAACUUUGACAAGGCAGAUUAUCCUGGCUACACUAAUAGAAGAGGAGCUGGACCCAACAUUGGUGAGACUUUCUUCUUGGGAGAGUGUCGGACUUACAUGUUCGUCCUAAGGGAAUUCAUGACCUCGCCUACUAUGUUGCCCAAAAUUUCUUCACAAAGUCAUCCAAAGAGCCUUAAAGCAGCUAUUUUGGAGCUUGAAACUGAAAGGCAAAACAGAAAGGCAGCUGAAACUGAGAAAACAAAUUUGGAGUUUUCAUUUAAUGAGUUGAGGACAGUUGCAGAUAAAGCAUUAAAGGAAAGAGAUAAAUUUAGAAGGCAAAAAGAUGAAGCAUUGCGAGGAAAGGCAAAUAUUACCAAACAAUUAGCUGAAGCUUUAAGAUUGAAAGAACAUGCUACUAAGCAAAAAGAUGUGACUAUUUUGGAGCUUGAAUUUGAGAGGAAAGCCAGAGAGGAUGCUGAAUCUGAUGGCUCUCUUUACCACUACAAAGCGUUAGAAUAUGAGUUGGAGUUGGAACGCGAUAAAAUGAAUCAACUAGGAAGACAAAGAGAUGACGCUCUUUAUCAAAAAGAAGCAGCCUGCAGGGAAAAAGAAAAGCUUGCCAGACAGCUAGAUGAGGCCAUGAGAUUAAAAGAGGAAGCAACUAAUGAAAAAGAAAGGAUUUUGAGGGAACACAAUUACCUUACCAACCAAGAAGCAAAAGUGAACAGACAAUUACUAGCUGAAGCUUUGAGAUUGAAGGAAGAUGCAGUUAAGAAAAGAGAUGAGAGUUUUUUGGAGCUUGAAUUUGAAAGAAAAGCCAGAAAGAAUGCUGAAUCUGCAAAUGCAAAUAUUGAGGCUUCUUUAAACUACUACAAAGUGUCAGUAUAUGACUGGGAACUCAAGGAAAUGAAUAAAUUGGUGAAACAAAGAGAUGAUGCUCUUUAUCAAAAAGAAGCAGCCUGCAGGGAAAAAGAAAAGCUUGCCAGACAGCUAGAUGAGGCCAUGAGAUUAAAAGAGGAAGCAACUAAUGAAAAAGAAAGGAUUUUGAGGGAACACAAUUACCUUACCAACCAAGAAGCAAAAGUGAAAAGACAAUUACUAGCUGAAGUUUUGAGAUUGAAGGAAGAUGCAGUUAAGAUGAAGGAUGAUGCUCUUUAUCACAAAGAAGUAGCCCACAGGAAGAAAGAGAAGAAUUCCAAGCAGCUAAAUGAGCCCUUGCUAUUAAAAGAGGAAGCAACCAUUGAAAAAGAAAGGAUUUUGAGCGAACCCAAUGAUCUUGCAAACCAAAAGGAAGAAAUUACUUGUUGGAGUAUUUUUGCAUAUUGUUGCUUUCGACGUUAAAAUUAUUUCUUCAAUGUAAAUAUAGUCCUGAGAAAUAAGCCUAAAAGAAUUAGUAGUUCUCGUAGUGAAGACUAUACACAGUGCAGCUUGUGUUUAUGAAUCUUAUAAUUAUUAAGUUGAUUAUUUCAUGUUA